AUGUUAAGCCGGCAACUGCACUCCUCUGCUAUAAAUCCUCCACCCCCGGAAUAUAUUAAUCGGAAUAAGACCGGACGCCUGACCAAUCAACUACAAUACUUGGAAAAGGUUGUUUUAAAGGCGUUAUGGAAGCACAAUUUUUCCUGGCCGUUCCAGCAGCCUGUAGAUGCUGUAAAGCUGAACCUCCCUGAUUAUUAUCAAAUCAUAAAGAAUCCAAUGGAUUUGGGUGCUGUAAGGAAGAGGCUGGAGUACAAUUACUAUACAAAUGCUAUGGAGUGCAUGAAAGAUAUCAACACCAUGUUUACCAACUGUUAUAUUUAUAAUAAGCCAAAGGAUGAUAUUGUGUUAAUGGCACAAGAACUGGAAAAAGUUUUCAUGGAGACCAUUGCUGACAUGCCUCAUGAAGAAAUUGAACUUUCAGUUGUGGGGAACAGAAGUGUUAAGAGCAAGCCAAAAUUUUCUUCUGAAGGAGCAGAAGAAUCUCGAGAGGAGAGUGAGUGCACUCCCACACCUAAGAAAAAAGUGACUUCUCAAAAAUUCCACAGAAAUCCAUUUCCACGUCCAGUUGUAGCAUUGCUACCUCAGCGAACUACCCUUGUGCCUCUAUCUAUUUUCAGGAAUACAAAAUCUGCUUCUUCUAGCCCAGGAACCAAAGUUAAUAAGGGCAUUAAAAGGAAAGCAGACACUACUACACCUGCUGUGUCAGUCAUUGCAAAGAACUGCGAAUCGUCUCCAACCCAUCUUAAACCAAAGCAGACAGAUAUACCCCCAAGAAAGGAAAAUACAUUUGCAGACACUUCGAGCAAAGAUCUUCCUGAUUCUCAACAAGUGGAAACCAACAACUCUAAUCAAUCAAGUGAACAGCUGAAACACUGCAAUAGCAUUUUAAAUGAGUUAAUGUCGAAAAAGCAUGCUAACUAUGCUUGGCCUCUCUACAAACCUGCUGAUUCUUCAGUGCUUUCCUUUCCUGGUUCAGGUGACCUUGUUUCCUGUCCCAUGGAUUUGACAACUAUCAGAGAUAAAAUGGAGAAUGGACAAUACAAAGAUACCUGUAAGUUUGCAUCUGAUAUUCGCCUAAUGUUUGGAAACUGUUAUAAGUGCAAUCCUCCAGACAGCGAAGUGGUUAACAUGGCCCGGAAAUUACAGGAUGUUUUUGAGAUGUUGUUUGCGAAAAUCCCUGAUGAACCAGUUGAUUGUACAACUCAAAAUUCAUUCAAAACAUCAUCCAGUGAAAGCAGCAAUACAAGUUCCUCUUCUUCGUCCUCUGAUUCUGAAGCUGAGAGGUCACGACAGCUGGCCCUUUUACAAGAGCAGCUGAAAAUGGUACAAGAGCAACUUAAGGUUUUAACUAAGGGCACUGCUCCCAAGAAGAAAGUAAAGAAAGAGAAGAGUAAGAAAAAAAAUAAAGGCAAGAAAAAACGAAUGAUGAUGUUGAAGAAGUGCAGCCAAAAAGCAAAAAAGAAAAGGAAACGCAAGGAAAUGAAAAAUAAAUCUUUACUAAGUGAUUCUAAAAGCAAGAAAAGGAAGUUGGCUGUUUCAGAAGAUGAAGAUAAUGCUAAGCCUAUGAGUUACGAUGAAAAGAGACAAUUGAGCUUGGACAUCAAUAAAUUGCCAGGGGAAAAACUGUCUCGCAUUGUUCACAUCAUCCAGUCUAGGGAGCCGUCUCUGAAAGAAUCCAAUCCUCAUGAAAUUGAAAUAGAUUUUGAAACCUUGAAACCAUCCACUUUAAGGAGCUUGGAAAAAUAUGUUGCGCUUAUCCUGCGGAAGAAACCCAAAAAAUCAAAUGCAGAAAAACCCAUAAAAUCAAAAGAUGAGCUGAAUAAGGAAAAGAAACAGGAACUUGAGAAGAGACUUCAGGAUGUUAGUGGACAACUAAACUUUGCCAAGAAGGCUAAACCCUCAGGUGAUGCCACGGCUGUGUCUCAGACGAUUGGAGGGCCAAGUCGAUUAAGCGAAAGUAGCAGCAGCUCUUCAUCCUCAUCUGAUAGCAGCAGCGAUUCCAGUUCAUCAGAUAGCAGUGACUCGGACUCAGAGACUCAAGCGCCUAAUAAGAAUAUUCUUCUUGUGAAGGAAAACUGGUUGUCUCAUACUGUAGUAUCUAAUGUGCCCUCUGUUGCUGAGUGUUCACUCUCACAAGACCAGCAACAUACUGUAAAAGGCCCACCGCUCACCCAGCCAGUGAAAUCACUUCUUCCUAAUGCAGAUGAAUUACCGGACUGCCUUCUCCUUCCACCGUUAGAUAUAAGUAGAUUGCUGUCACCUAUCAGAUCUCCUAUAUUUGAAGUUCCCAGUGAUAAUGUGGUUCAGACAGUACAAUCCUGUUUAAAACACAGGAAUGGAGAAUCGAUAAAGAAUGGGGAAACAUCUAAUCUCUUGCUCCAGCAUGAAGCAACUGUAGAAUGCAAAAAUGACAUUGGAGAUGUACCCGAACCAGAAAAUAAUGUACCAAAUGAAUGCCAGAAACUUGACAUGGAGCAGAUUCCUGAAGUGUGCGACAUUCCAUCCAUUGUGGGCGGUGGUGAUGCCAGAACUCCAACAAAGCAACUCUCUCACCAUGGUAAAGGUCUGAUCAUCCUGGCUGGGGACUCCAAUGUGGUCCUGAAUCCCUCAGUUGAUAGGACCACCACCCUUUCCGGGACCACACCCCCUGAUGCUGUUCAAUCUAAAUUGAUGCGCUCCCUCCUAAACACACACCCUCGUCUUUUCAAUGUCAAGAAAUCUGGUUCCCCCCUACAUCCAUCCUCCCUCUCCGCCAAUAUCUCCAUGCUACCCAAACCGGCUCCUCGAACCUCCUCUCCCUCCUAUACUUCCAGCUCAACACCCUCUCCUCCACCGCCACUCACCGGUAUGUCACAAAUUGGCAGCAGGAUCUCCACCAUGCGAGGCCCCCUGAGGAGUGGGGGUCAAUUUGGGAUGCGAUCUCCAGGUGCUCCCGAAACAUCACCACCCAGGAGGCGGCCUAUAAGGUGCUCUCCAGUGACCUGUAAGGUUGCUAACUCCAGUUGGGCCAGUUACUCCAAAGCACUGAGCACUAUUCCUGUGACCAUCAAAUCAUCAAGUGACAGCUUCCAGCAAUUUAGGAAGGCUGCAAUAGCCAAAGAAGAGAAGGAGAAAGCACUCAAAGCUCAGAAAAUGCAAUUAGAUGAAAGUAAAGCUACUCUAACCAUCUCAGAAGAGAAGGCUACAGAGAAAAUUGUCAUUACAACACCAGAAACCAAGACUCUUGAUGUGCAAUGCUUAGUUAUACAAGAGAUAGUUAAAGAGGCACAACCAGUUGAGAUUAUCCUCAAUGAGCAUGUUAAGGAGGAACGAGACCUUGCAAGGAAGAGAGAGCAGGAAAGACGUCGCAAAGAGACGAUGGAUGGAACCAUUGACAUGUUUUUUCAGAGCAAUGUUAUGGCAGAUUUUGAAGAACAUCUAUGCUAAUAAUUAAAACCAUACUUUUGUAAUGAUUGUUCACUU